ACUCUCACACACACACACACACACUUUCACUCACUCACACUUUUGCAGGCUUUUUCCCACAUAUCUCCCAUCUCGACAAAUCCCCUUUUCCUAUUUUUCUAUAUUCUCUUCUCUUUCUCUACCUUUACAUUUAAUUGAUUAAUUAAAUCAAUAAUGCAGAUGGAUAGAUGUAGAUAUGAUUGAAUUUAAUUAACCGUGCCGUCAUUGUGUUUGUAGAAUCUCCAUAGCUAUGGAUCUCCUCUCUCCAAUUACCCUCGAUUUGGUUUCUGGAUCAAAGGUUUAGAGAUAUAUAGAGAGAGAUUAGGACAUAUAUAAAUAUAUAGAGAGAGAGAGAGGGGAUUAGGAGGGAGAUGUCAAGCCAUGGAAGAACUCAUUGGUGCUACAGAUGUUCAGACACAAUAAAUCUCCAGACACAAACCACAGUUUGUCCAAACUGCAAUGGAGGUUUCAUACAAGAACUCGAAGAACAGGUCGCCGGAAACUCGCCAGAGCCGGUGCACCGGCCGAGGUUCAUGGAGGCCGUAUCGAAUUUCCUAAGGGAGCAAAUGACUGUAAGAACCAACAACACAAGGUUGUCCGAGCCGAGCCGUCCAAACGGCGGUUCGUGGAACUCAUUCCUCGUCUUCACCGGCGACAUUUCGCCGGAAACAAGAUUGCCGGGGAGAGGCGGACUAUUGGAGUUCCUCAAUGAAUCUCUCGGAUUCAGGCGCGAAAACGGCGGCGAUUAUUUUAUAGGCCCCGGCGUUGAAGAGUUCUUCGAUCACGUCACCCGCGACACGCAAAACGGGGCUCCUCCCGGGGCAGCGUCGAGAUCGUCAAUCGACGCAUUGCCGGUCGUCAAGAUCGGGAAGAAGCACGUUCGCGCCGAUACGACGUGCGCCGUUUGUAAGGAGAAGUUCGAGCUCGGCUCCCGGGUCAAGAAGCUUCCGUGUAAGCAUUUGUAUCAUUCGGAAUGUAUCGUUCCGUGGCUCGAGCAACGCAGCUCGUGCCCCGUCUGCCGGCACGAGCUGAGUAGCCGUCGAAAAAACAGUGGAAACUCAAGCGAUCGGAACAGGGCGACAAUGAGGUGGCGGCGGUGGUCGUUUCGAUGGCUGUUCCGUUCGACUCGGGCGAGUCCGCGACGGCAGAGUGAUACGGAUGAACCGGAGACAGUGUCCUACCAUGAGGGUGAUCAGUAUAGGGAGAACUCAUUUUGGCCCUUUGAAUACUAACUAAUCUUCAUAUGGUUUUAGAUUAUUUCUGUCAUAAUGUUUUUAUGUUUGGAUAAUAACAUGUUGAUUAUUGUUGUUUGAUUUCAUCCCAAAUUUUGCUAUUUUGGCAAAUAUUGUUUAAUCAAAUCGAAGAAAAAUAUUCGACUUUGAUAUUGA